UGGCCGAAGACCCCAGCUCGCAGAGGAUUCCGCGCGGCCGCGGCCGACAGCGCCAGUCGGCCAGCGAUUUGUUUGCGAAAUAUCCAAAUAAUGCCAUUGAAUCACUGCUGCCGAAUUCGACUGUAAAAGCGCGCGCGGAGAUGCCGCGCAAAUAAAUACGCGCCGACACAAAAUAUCGCGACACCCGAACAACGACAAUGUGCCCAUGGAGAUCAGUGGCUAUAUUUUGUGUGCUUCUUACAUUAGCCCUCUCUGAGGCUAGGAAAAUACAUCCACAGGACGCUAUACUUGAUAACCAUGUAUCCACUGGGAACAGAUCAUCGAGAUUUCUUUUCGACUCUUUCUUCGGUUUGGAGGUACCUCUCUUAGAGGAGCAGAGUGUGGAAGAUGAGGACGAAGACCCUCAGGUCAGGAACUGUUCAUGCGAGUGCGGAAAAGCGAAUCCACUUCCUAGAAAGAUAGAAUGCAGUGGGCCGAACCAAGAGAAUCGUAUAGUAGGCGGCGUUGCUGCGGGUAUCAACCGGUACCCGUGGAUGGCACGGCUGGUCUAUGAUGGUCAAUUCCACUGCGGGGCAUCAUUGCUGACGAAGGAGUAUGUUUUGACAGCGGCUCAUUGUGUUAGAAAACUUAAACGAUCCAAAAUUCGAGUGAUACUGGGCGACCACGAUCAAACAAUAACGACGGAGAGUGCUGCUAUCAUGAGAGCAGUCAUUGCCAUCGUCCGACACCGUAGUUUCGACGCUGAGUCCUACAACAACGACAUAGCUUUACUAAAACUUCGAAAACCUGUCGCUUUUUCGAAGAUCAUCAAACCAGUGUGUCUCCCUCCAGCAAGUGUAGAUCCAUCAGGCAAGGAAGGCAUUGUAGUUGGCUGGGGCCGUACGUCCGAAGGGGGUCAGUUACCUGCCAUCGUGCAGGAGGUGCGUGUUCCGAUCCUAUCGCUUACGCAGUGUCGUGGCAUGAAGUAUCGAGCCUCACGCAUUACUAACAACAUGCUUUGCGCGGGUCGAGCCUCAACGGAUUCCUGUCAAGGUGAUAGUGGUGGACCGUUAUUGCUACAAAAAGGCGAUAGAUUUCAGAUUGUGGGUAUUGUGUCAUGGGGUGUAGGGUGUGGUAGACCGGGUUAUCCCGGUGUUUACACUCGGAUAACCCGAUACUUACCUUGGUUGAGAGCGAAUUUACGAGACACGUGUCUCUGUGGUACCUAAUUUAUUUAUAUUUUUCUAUUAGAAUACAUAAA